AUGCCGCGCAUCUCCACAUCUGCACUGCGCAAAGCGUAUGCAGUAGAUGCGCUUCUGCCUCGCCUCCUGCCCCCCUGCCGCGACUUGCGCGCCGCCCAGAACGAGCUGCGCUGGCUGCGCGAGCACGCCGACCAUGUGGCCGACGCGCGGCGCGCGCAGGGCGACACCGUCUCCAAAAGCGCGUUGUUGCGCGAUUUGGUGAAGCAGAGGGCGUCGGGGAAGCCGCUGCAGUAUCUGUUGGGCACAGAGUUCUUUGGCGACCUGGAGAUACGCUGUCGGCCUGGUGUGCUCAUCCCGAGGCAGGACACAGCGGCCUCGGUGCAGCACCUCGCACGUCUGGUCCGCAAGGCACAGAAUCUCCCAAGCGAGCUGCGCGUGCUUGACCUCUGCACCGGCACGGGGUGCAUCCCUCUCCUCUUCCACCACGAACUCUAUGCCGCACGCGCUGAUGUCGAGCUACGCGCCCUCGGCAUCGACAUCUCGGGAAAGGCGCUGCAGCUAGCUGGUCACAACCACAGCCGCCUCCGCGGGGACAAGACUUUGGCGGACAAGGGCUCCAUCCACUACAUGCAGGCAGACGUCCUGGCCAACCCUUUCGCAGAUGCCACGAGAGGCCGAGGUCGCAUUGCAGUAUCGACCGCUCUGCGCCAUGCCAGGCUCCCGCACAUAUGGGACAUCCUCAUCUCGAAUCCGCCAUACAUCUCGCCAUCAGGAUACUGGAAGACCACGACCCGUUCUGUGCGAGGCUUCGAGCCAAAGCUCGCCUUGGUUCCUCCGCCGACAGCCGGCAACAGCGGUAUUGCGCAAGGCGAUAGAUUUUACCCGCCCAUCCUUGACAUAGCGAGUGAGGUCGAGGCAAAGAUCGUGCUGCUCGAGGUUGCAGAUCUCGGCCAAGCGCUGCGCGUCGCGCGUGCUGCGCAGGCUCUACGUAUGUUCGACGGCAUUGAGAUCUGGCGGGAGCAGCCGAACGAGCCCGAUUCUCCGUCAUCCGAGGUUGCGGGUUUCCGCGUACUCGGUGAAGGAAAUGCGCGAUCCGUCAUCUGCUGGCGCGGUACAGGUGCUGCGUGGCUCGGGAAGAGCGAGCGAGCACCCGCAUAUGAGGAUGUUGCUUUCCCCGAUGUAUCGCACCGAGCUCGAUUUCGGACUGGACCUGUCAGCGUAGUUCACCAAGGUGAGGCGUUGCGCCCAUAUUGGGUCAAGCAUCUGAAUGAAGAGCAAAAAGCCGUCAAGCACAAUGUGUGGCGAGACAUGGAAACAAACGCAGCUCGCGAGCGGGGGCAUUCCGGGGCACCAGAGAAGCAAGAGCUUGAUACAACCGUAGCUCAUGCAGAAGUCCUUCCCAAGGUCCCUAAGAAGCGAGGUCUCUAA